GGAUAUUUCGUUGACGCCUAGAACGUUGUAUAUAAAAAACCAUAUGAUUGUAUAACUCUCUUAUUGUGAAAAAAGUAAAUUAAAAAAUAGAGUUUCUCUAAGAACAUACUCUCACCUUUUCCAACCACUAAAGCAAUACUGAAGAAACAAAAUGAAACUGGAGCUAGUCCUCAUACCAUCAGCUAGUCACGGCCACCUGCCGCCAUUCGUUGAGUUAUCUAAGCUCCUCGUCGACGGCCAUGACGAUCUCUCCAUCACCGUCAUCGUCAUCCCUCCCAGACAAGAACUCCGUACGCCAAGCCUUUCCUCCUACAUCUCCUCUCUCUCCACUAUGCCUAGAGACCGCAUACGCUUCAUCUUCCUAUCCGACGCCGAUAGGUUAAACUCUCCUAACACCGAGCCGGAUUUCCGUUCAUACUCGGAGAGGUAUAAACCGGCGGUGAAAGCCACGGUAGCUAAACUUAAUGACCCGGCCCGACCGGAUUUGAGUAAGCUUGUUGGGUUCGUGGUGGACAUGUUCUGCACGCAAAUGAUCGAUGUUGCAAACGAGUUCAACGUCCCAAGUUACUUGUUCUAUCCUUCCAGUGCAGCGUUUCUUGGUUUGCAGGUUCACAUGCAAUAUCUUUGCGACGUUGAAAAGUACGACGUGGGCGAGUUGAGAGACUCGGACGCUGAGUUGGAAGUCCCGUUUCUGACUCGCUCUUUACCGGCGAAGUGCGUCCCCUCCGUGAUGUUAAACAAGGAGUGGUUAUCCGUUGUUUUGAGCCACGCCAGAAGGUUCCAAGAAACAAAGGGUGUUUUGAUAGAUACGUUUGCUGAGCUGGAGCCUCAAGCUGUGAAGUUCAUCUCUGGUGGAGAUAGCUCUCUUCCUGAGGUGUAUGCAGUUGGACCGGUUGGUCUAGGUUCGGUCGACGAUAACCAAACGGAUGAGGUUCUACGGUGGCUCCAUGACCAGCCGUACCGAUCCGUUGUGUUCCUAUGCUUUGGAAGCAUGGGAGGUUUCAGUGAGGAACAAGCUAAAGAGAUAUCAAUCGCCCUUGAAAGAAGUGACUAUCGUUUCAUUUGGUGUCUUCGCCGUGCUGCACCAACGGGACCUCCCAGAGAGUUCGCAAAUCUUGAAGAGGUUCUCCCGGAGGGGUUUCUAGACCGGACAGCGGAGAUAGGGAAGGUUAUAAGUUGGGCUCCACAGAGGGCCGUCCUGGCGAGUCCAGCCGUUGGGGGAUUUGUGUCCCACUGUGGUUGGAACUCGAUACUCGAAAGUGUAUGGUUCGGAGUUCCAGUUGCCACGUGGCCGCUUUAUGCUGAGCAACAGCUGAACGCAUUCGAGAUGGUGGAGGAGAUGGGGCUGGCCGUGGAGAUUAGGAAUCAUUUUCAAGGAGAAUAUAUGGCUGCGGCGGAGACAAAUAGGGAGUUGAUAACAGCGGAGGAGAUAGAGAGAAGAAUCGGGUGCUUGAUGAAGCAGGAUAGCGACGUGAGAGAUAGAGUGAAGAAGAUGAGUGAGAAGAGUCACGUGGCAGUUAUGGACGGUGGAUCUUCCCACCAUGCUCUUGUAAGGUUUAUUCAAGACGUCACUGACAAUAUAUCUUCUGAAUCUUGUGGUUAACGUUCCAAAGAGAAUGCUUCGCAUAAUCUCCAGCAAGACAAUAGUAACACUUUGUUUGUGAUAUACAUGAAAUCCCAUUUAAUUAUACAUGUUGGAUAAGUGAAAUCUUGAAUUCUUAUAGGUCUUAUUUUAUUUGGCUACCAUUCUAGUUGUGUAUCUUAGUUAUGGAAACACAUGCUAUUUUUCUUAUGAUUACUAGUUGAAAAUUCAGGUAGAAAUUA